CCAACCGACCAGCCUCCCGUCUUGGACACUGUCAUAGGGAAGUUUGUCAUGGAGAACACUGUCAUGGAGAACUAAGUGUAUUUUGUAAAUCUAUCCGAUUCAUGGCCGCGUAUAGCGGGUAUCUGCACCAUAUUUAGACGGAAGCCAAUCGAAAGCAAUUCGUGGCCAAUCGCCCACUGUGGGUAUGCGCCACAACCGCUCUGAGCAACAGCAGCAACGACAACAAAUCUUUUCCGCAUCGCCAGCUGUGGAAGAAUACCCAUCCUAACGAAUUUCUCUUAUACGACCGCUUACUUUUCACGCGCAUGGUUUUGUGCCAUCUGCAAUGAAGUGGCACGGCAUUUGGCCUCAUUUAUAUCCAGCCGGUGACGAGGCCGAGUUCAUCCGGGAGAAGGUGGAGCAAUGCGUGCUCAUGAUGGUGGUCGGCAUGGUUUCCCUGGGAGGCAGCCUCGGCGUCGUACUCAUGUACAUCGCCUACGUGUCAUUCAACGCCGGCAACAGUCAGAGUCCCGGCUUGCAGCGCGGCAACGAGAACUUGUCGGCUCGGUCUAUGGUGCGGCCAUGGCAAAAGUGCAUGGAGGCCAAGUUUUACAAGUGUUCGGCGCAGCUCGGGUCGUGGCCGAAGCCGGGAGACGAGUCGUGGUUCUUUCUUAAGACCCGCUUCGGACCGGGCUGCUUCGAGUGGGACCCGGAGAAGCAAUGCGUAUGGGACUCGCCCGCCCACUUCAAGAAACUGGAACAUUGUCGCAGACACUGCCACCGAGUUCCUCCGGAGCGGCGCUGUCUGAAGCCCGUGAUCCGGUUGCCGGCACUCGUCAACUGCACACGGCUGGCACCCAAGGAGCACAGGGCGGCCUCGCGCUCCUUGUGGUUCUACGACCCGCUGAGGCACCGCUGCCAGCGUUGGACGGGCGUGUGCGUCUUCAGGGCCUUUCGUACUUUCGAAGACUGCUUCAAAAGGUGCCUGGCCACCUAGCGCACUGUCUCCUGGAAAAGGCUGUGUUCCUGAACCCUGUAGCUGCUCCGCUCAAGGACUGUACCUUCCAACGCAAGGAGAAAUUCGUGGCAGUUGGAGUCGUACACUUUCGUUGUUCUCUCAGUCUGCGCAAUUAUAUUUUCUUAUAACGUCGAUAUUAUUUAACCGGUGGCUGAGCAUUAGCUAGCUGUCAUCUGAGAACAAACGUACGCGCUUUGAUCUGUAUAUUUAAUAAGCAUGUAUUUCACAUGAAAAAGUCAGUUAUUUUUUUUCGUUC